AUGGCUGCUACAUCAACAUCCCUGUUGAUCCUGAUGCACUUUGUGGUGGGAGGAUUUGUUGUGUGCAACCUCCUUUCCAUUCAAUGCAAUGCCAAUGCAGAAGGAGAUGCACUGAUAGCGCUGAGGAGUACGUUGCAUGACCCACAUAAUGUAUUGGAAAGUUGGGAUCCAACCCUAGUAAAUCCUUGUACAUGGUUUCAUAUCACCUGUGACAUCAACCAUCGUGUAACGAGAGUGGAUUUGGCAAAUAAUGGCCUUUCUGGUCCUCUCUCACCAAGGAUCGGUGAUCUUCCCAACUUACAAUAUCUGCAUUUAUUCCGCAAUUCAUUGAGUGGAAGCUUGCCACCAAGUUUGGGGAAAUUAAAAAAUCUGAUUGCCCUUGAUUUAUUUAGCAAUUCCUUGAGUGGAAGCUUGCCAACAAGUCUGGGAAAGUUAAAAAAUCUGACUGCUCUUGGUCUUUCUGACAACAAGUUUUGUGGGAAAAUACCCACCUCACUUACCCAUCUUUCCAACCUUCGUUUCUUAAAUCUCUUAAACAAUCAACUCAGUGGCCCUAUUCCAACAGGAGGGUCGCUCUCAAGAUUUGGAUAUAAUAGAAGCCAUGUCAAAGAAUGGAAUGAAAUGGAAAGCACUGUGAUUUAA